GGUGCGCGAUCCAUCUUGUCUGGGCGCCAUUGUACCAGAAUGUCAACAAACCACUCGUGAACUCCUAAGAUUUGUCGCUCUUCUGUGAUACUGGACUUGGGAUCGGGAUGCCUCGUGAAGAUAAAAGAGCAAACUUCCUAACAGACUUGGGAAGGGCCACAAUGAGGGGAGUGCGAAAAUGCCCCAAAUGUGGAACCCUGAAUGGAACCCGAGGAUUCUCAUGUAAGAACAAGUCAUGUGAUGUGAUUUUUAAGGAAGCUGGAGUGAAGAAGAAGCAUUCAACAGAAGCUUGUCGAAUCACAGCUGGGGCAGACACUCAGAUAUACUCUGUACGAGUACGAGACAAAGGACCGGACUACCGAGGUUUUGUUCAGAUUCCCUUGAUUCAUUCAGUGGAUGGGUCAGGAGACAUCUUCAUUGGAACUGAACCUUUGGGUGAUCCAAUGCUGCUACUACAGAUGGGAGCACGGUGUUAUGUGGAAUCUUGUCAGCGAAAGAGUCAACAGCCAUCACUGUGUUCACACAUACGAGCAGCCUCUCAGUGUUAUAAAGAUGCCACAUCACUAACAUUGAAAAACUCAGCUUUGAAUUCCCUACCAAUACCACAGUCAAUCAAGACUGAUAUAUGGCAGCUUGCAACAGACACUCCUGGUCCCUUAGUACAAAGGGUCUCCAAAAAUAUUAUGGUGGUGAAGUGUAAACCUGAGGCUCUUCACCAGUUUGGGUUUUUACACUUCAGUUUUCAGCAGGUGCGAAACAAGGAGGAAAUAGAGUACAAAUAUUACUGUGGGUGCCGAUCCUUUAAAAUCCAGCCAGCUGCACGGGAUGUGUCCUUCCGCAAAUGUGUUCAUCUGUAUGCAUGUGUGGUUGCAUUUGCAAGUGACCACAACCUCUCUCAGGAAUUUUCUUUCUAUAUCAAUAUGAUACAGAAUGACCAAGGUCCACCUUCAAGUUUGAGAGUAAGUAGCAGCAAUGGAGAAGAGGGCAGUGUAACGUUAGGAGAGAGUGAAACAAGCCUGAGCACGGUGGGUGAGAGAUCCUUUCUCAUACUGAAUGACUCUGGAGAUUCACAAUGUCAAGUGGAGGUGGAAGUGCUUCAGGAAGAUUCCUCUUCUAUAUUAGAAGGUAUCCCCAUCUCUCCAGCUGACAACCUUGUGACUCAGGAGGACAUUGAAGGAAAACUUGAAAUUCAACUAAGAACUCCAGAGGGCAUCCAUCUGCGAACCUCAGAUGGAGGCACUAUAUCUGUGCACCAGAUUCCUGACACUGUGCCCGUCACUCGCAUCAAGCGUCGGCGGGACGACUCAGUGGUCCAAGCAAGCUCUGCUCUUUUGACAUUACAGGAAGUAGCUUCAAAAAAGCAGAUAUCUUCACCAAAAAGGCCCUUGACAGGAGCUUGUGCUAGGAAAGCUAAGGAACCUGUGGAUGAAAAUACUGCCUCAUUCAGUUUUAUGAAUUGGCUUGGAAGUGUUACAGAGCGCAUUAAUCAAACAAUGCACUUUGGCUUCAGUGGUAAACCAGAACCUUUAGUUUUUCAUGUGCCAAAGUUGUUUUUUGAUUGUCUAAUGGAAAGAAUAAAUUCACGCUCCAAAAAGAAAAGAGUACCAAAUCAAACACUGCAAUUUAUAAGAAAAGAAGCUGUUCCUUUGGGAAAAUUUACAAAAUAUACAUGGAAGAUUUUAAGUGAUGCUCAUGUGAAGCAGAUAUUUGACAUUAAUGAAAUGCCACUGGAAAUAACAAGAAACUUUAUUCAGAAUCGAGAUGGAAGUUACAGGCUAUUCAGGCAUCGUGAUGAAGACUCUGUGUAUGCAAAAGGAAGCCCCAACCAACCACUUCUAAAGCCACAAGAGUACAAGACAAGAUUACGUAUCGGAACUCCCCCUCCUGGUCAGAAAGAACCUACUCCAUUCAUCAUAGAGUGGAUACCAGAUAUCCUUCCACUAUCUUUUAUUGGUGAGUUACGAAUAAAGUUUGAGUUUGAUCAUCUGCAUAAUGGCCAACUGCUUACACCACGAGAGACAAGGGGAACUAUUGGGGGUCAGACCAUUGCUUCAUCAAGGACUCAUGGCCCUCUGUUGGCUCCUAGGCCUCAGCCACAGUCAGCAUCACAAUCGUCAUCACAGAUUCCUGCAACAGAACAUAUUAUUAGUAUACCAAUAACUUCAGAAACAGCAGAAAAUAUGGCUACAAUCCUUACUUUUUAAGAUGACUUGUAACUAGUCACAUGCUAGUCUUCAGUAUAAAACUAAAUUAACUGUUCUGAUACAUCUAAGCACUCUCUCCACCCUUGGGGAAAGACUAGUAUUGCAAUACAUAUUUGAAAUUUUUGUCUGUAGUAUUGAAUUUUGUGUUCACAGAAUUUUAUUUGAUCUAAUGCAUUUUGUCAUCAUCCUAUUAUCUGUCCUCAGGAGGGUAGUGCAUCCAAACCUGAAGAAUUGAAAGCUUUAUGGAACAGUAUGCUUAUAGAGUGUUCAGGCUGACUUGAUAUGAUAAUCUUCCUCUCUCAGAGCACACAUCAUUCAUUGAUUAACUUGCUGAAUGGGCUUG